AUGGAAAUCACGCUGGGGGUGGCAGUAGGAAGCUCCACGCAGGUGGCAGUCCUUGUCAUUCCUUUCUGUGUGAUCCUGUCCUGGGUCAUGGGCGAGGACCUGGACCUGAAUUUCAAGGAAUUUGAGAGCGUCGCGCUCUUCCUCAGUGUCCUCCUGGUCAUCGUCGCAAUGAACGACGGGACCUCAAACUGGCUCAAGGGGAUCAUGUUGUCCAUGACUUACGUGUUCGUUUCCGCGGCUUUCUGGAUGCAUUUCGACGCAGAGCUCACACCCCCCGACACGCCCCCCGGGCCGCCCUGA